AUGUUAUUGGUUGAUAUCUUAAAAUAUGCUCAUAUUAAGUAUGCUUAAUUUGCGAUUAUCUACCUCUUUUUGACCAAAAUAAUUGAUAGUCCUUCAUGGCCUUUAUUAUUAGUAGCUUUUAUAAUUGAUAAAUUAUUUCGAUUGGCAAUUAUUUAUUUAGAUUGCGAGUACGCAAAAUGGAGAUUAUACUAUAAGAUAUUAUUUUUUAUCCUUUAAAUCGAUGAGCUCCCAAAUAUUACAUAGAGAGAUAUCAUUAUUCCAUUAAUUCCUAGAUAUAUUAUAAUGAAUUAUCUAUUUAACUUACAAAUAGCUUAUGUUUUUUUUUGGUGUCUGUCCUAAAGAGAUGAAAAUUCAUUUUACAUUUCUAUUCCAAUCGUAUUGGUAAUAACUUAUUAUAAAAAUUUAGAUUAUCAUCCUUAUUACAAAGAUGUUGUUUUCUUUAUAAAACUCUCUGCCUAUUAUGGUUUUAUCUACAUAGGAAUUGGAAUUAAGUAUUUUUUUGCUUUCUUUUUCACUUAAUAUGCUAUUGGGCUAAUAGUACUAUCAAAUAAAAUUAUUUUUGUCUUAGAUGCUUAUGAAGAUUAAUAUAUCAAAAUAUUUUACACCAUUGCCCUUUUUAUAGAAAAUAUUUUACUUACUCCGAUGAGAAAAGGAUUAAAAAAAUAAUCAGUUACAUUCUUUAAUUAUGCAUUGAUGUGUAAAUUUACUUUAUUUUCAACAUUAUACUUAAUCAUAGUUUUAUCUAUUACUGGAUAUAUUGAAUUAGAUAAAAAUGGUAUUUCUAAUAACUUAAUGUAUUUCGUAAUUACUGUUUCUACUUUAAGUCUGAUCAAAUAAAUAUUUGAAGUAUAUUAUUAUAUUUUUCAAAAGAAUGCGCUUGUGCUAGAAAUAGGAGGAUUGGAUGGUUUAAGAAAAUAUAAUUUUUAAAAUAGAAAUAACUAUCUAAAUUUAAAUAAAUUUAAAUCUAUAAAAAUAAUUCCAUUUUAUCGAAAAUUGACCAUACAAUAAAGAUAAUCCAAAGAGUUUAUGUAUGCACUUUUAUUCAAUUUUGCAGGUUUUAAUAUAUAUAUUGAGUAAAUUGGAAGUAGAUUUUAUAAUUACGAUGGAACUAUGUAUGUGGUCUUUUUUAAUGGGUUUAAUGUUAACGAUUUAGAAGAUUAUCUAGAAGAUUCAAUGAUUCUUGAAAAUAUUAUUGAAAUUCGUUUACCAUAAUCAUUUUUAAUUUAUUAAGAUAUAUUUAAACUUUUUAAAUUAACUUUUAGGCCUUUAAAUCCAAUAACCAUUGAAGUAUAUGAAAAUUAACAAAAUUUUAUGCCAGACUCUCUUCAAACAUUCAAAGAGAAAAAUAGACUGGAAAUUAAUUUUCUUCACAUCAUUAGCUUCUAAAAUAAUAUUUAAGAAUUUAUGAAUAAUAGUACUUCUUUAAUUUUAUAUGAUUUAUAUGAGGUAUGA